AUGGCUGAAGAGAAGCAGUAUCGUGAAGAGGUCACGACUGAUCCCAGCCUCACCCAUCAACACACCGCGAGCAGUCAUGGCCUUCACCAUGACCAUGUCGCUCAAGAAGCCCUUGGUGGUCACACCGCUGAUCUGGGCAAGUCAUACUUCACAUCCAUCAACUUUAUUGGCACUGUAGUGGCAACGUGUCUAGCGCAGAUUUCUGGUUACCUCGGGUGGGUUCUUCCUGCGAAUACGCUGAGCCUCAUCAACGCCGCGAUUGGACCAUCGCCGGAUAUCAUCUGGGUCGGCAUCUCGUGGACGGCUGGAUUCGCCAUCGGUUUCACUCUCGUCGGUCGUCUGUCGGACAUCUUCGGUCGUAGAUGGUUCUUCAUCUGCUCUUCAAUACUCGGCCUGGUCGGAAAUAUCAUCGGGGCAAGCGCACAAAGCAUCAACAUGCUGAUUGCAACAAACUCCAUUAAUGGACUCGCCGCAGCCGGCCAACUUUCGUUCCAUAUUAUCCUUGGCGAGCUCGUUCCAAACUCCCUGAGAGGUCCUGUGAACGCUUUCGUGCUUUCGACUUCUGUCCCUUUCGCUGUGUUCGGACCGCCAGUAGCAAGAUCCCUCUACCAGACCACUGAGCUACAAUGGAGAUGGUGCUACAUCCUCGGAUGCAUUGUCAACGUACUGGCAAUUGUUUUAUACUUCUUCUUCUACUUCCCACCAACAUAUGAAAUGCUCCACGUGGGCGGCAAAUCGAAAUUGAAACAACUCAAAACGCUUGACUGGGUGGGUAUCGCCUUAUUCUCGACUGGUCUUGUCGUUUUCCUGAUUGGCAUGAACUGGGGCGGGUCAGCAUAUCCAUGGAAGAGCGGACACGUACUGGGAGCACUCUUUGCUGGAUUUGGUACUCUAGUCGCAUUCUGCUUUUGGGAAGCUUAUGCCCCGAGACUAGAGUACCCCCUCAUUCCUUUACGACUCUUCAGAAACAUUCAGUAUGAUGCCAAUGUGGCUUGUGCUAGUCUGGCAGCCAUCGUAUAUUACGCGAACUCCAUCAUCUGGCCAACGAUGGUCUCUUCGCUCUUCACCACAGAUAUCACCAAGAUCGGAUGGCUUUCGUGCGCUGUUGGUGGUGGCCUUCUCCUCGGACAAAUCCUCGGAGGCGCUGGUGUGCGCUACCUUCCGCGAAUGAAGAUCCAGAUGACUGUCGCGGCAGUCAUCACUACAGCUUUUGUCGCUGCUGUCGCUGCUUCGAAUGAAACGACAGAAGACCGCACGACCGCCUUACUUUUGAUCGGUACCAUUGCUGCAGGCUACAUCGAGAACCUCACACUUUCCAGUACAGCCUACCUCUGGGAUCCUGCCGAUAUUGGUCUGGUGACAGGUGUCAUGGGUGCUAUCCGAACUGGUCUUUCUGCGAUAGCUACGAGCAUGUACUCGUCGAUACUCGCCACUGAAUCAGCCAAGUACAUUCCCCAAAAGGUCAUGCCGGCUGCGCUAGCUGCGGGUCUUCCUGAAACGUCGCUCCCCGCGCUGUUGACUAGUAUCACAUUGGGUGACUUCAGCGCUGUACCUGGUAUCUCACCUGCCAUCAUCGCAGCAACAGGUCAAGCUGUGAAGAGCGCAUACGCACUGUCGUUCCGAACUGCGGUAGGCACCUCUAAUAAGAUAGCAAAACAAUCGCAAAGAGUGAAAGGUCGAAUGAAGAUGUCCAUACCAGACUCGGAAAGUGUGCAGCAUUAUAACAAACAUUUCAUCCCUCUCGAAUCAAAUCCAGACGUCUUUACCGAGCUUGCGCAUAAGCUCGGUUUAUCCACUUCAUUGGGCUUCCAAGAUGUACUCUCUAUAGACGACCCGGAGCUACUCGGCUUUCUUUCACGUCCAGUCCUCGCAUUGAUCCUGGUGUUUCCGACAACAGAGGCGUAUGAGAAGAGAGCUCAGGAUGAGGAUGCCAAGCUCGAGGAGCUCCACAGCUCUGGCGAUGUUGUAUUCUUCAAACAGACCAUUAACAAUGCAUGCGGUCUUUAUGCAAUCUUGCAUGCUAUCUGUAAUGGCGAAGCGCGGCAGAAGAUCGAUGAGGUCUCGAUCAUCGCUCAAUUACUGGAGGCCAGUCUGGCGCCUGAUAUAGACGGAUUGGCUCAGGCAUUAGAGGAAAACAAGGCGUUGGAAGUUGCAUAUGCUGGCGUAGCAAGCAAAGGCGAUACUGAGGCGCCUCUGAAUGCGGAAGACGAGGUGGAAUACCACUAUAUCGCUUUUGCCAAAUCGUCCAAAGACAACCAUCUAUACCAACUCGACGGCGACCGCAAGUGUCCUCUAGAUCUCGGGGCGCUCACAGCAGACGAAGACGUUCUCUCUGAGAGAUGUCUCAGCGUCAUUCGUGGUAUGAUGGCAAGCGAGGACGAGAACCUCAACUUCAGUUUGAUGGCUCUGACAGAGCACGCAGAGAUGUAG